UAGAAUGUGAAAUUGAAGUCCGUUUUACCGCCCUCUUGUAAUAAUGAGGCAUUCUAAGAUUUGAUGUUCCUGGUGCACGCUGUAUAUAUGUAUAAGUACGCCCGAUGCCCGAUUUGACAACAUGGUUGUCCAGAAACAUCACUAUAAAAUUCUGAUGACAGAGUCUCUGCCCAAGGAAUAAUCAGAAACAAUGUGUUGAACAUGUUCGUUAAAUACUGUAACACGAAAGAGGGAUAGUUUUUAGUCGAUGCUGGCUUCACGUUAAAGUGCUGUAAAUCCGUUACAUACUACACGCAUUCAUGUUAGAACUACGUCACAAAUAAUGUUAUCGAUUAAUUUUUUAAGAACGAACGAGUCAAUAGGGGUACGAUUAAAGAACAUUAAUAGGCAAACGAAUAAUACAGGGUCAUUAAUGAGGCUCGCAUUUUUUAUCGCGAUUUUCGUUCUAACAACCUACCUAUUGUCGUCGGUCAAUGGGAGCGAGACAUUGGGGAACCCUUAUGAGAUAUUAGGCGUUCACAGGCGUGCGAAUUUGCAAGAAAUUCGCAAGGCGUAUAAAAAUCUCGUCAAAGAAUGGCAUCCAGAUAAAACCGAUCAUCCUGGCGCAGAGAACAAGUUCGUGGAGAUUACAAAAGCUUACGAGAUUUUAACCGACCCAGAAAGAAGGAAAAAGUUCGAUAACCAUGGAAUCACAGAAGAGAGUAUUCCUAGACAAAGGAGGGACAACAGCCACUACAAUAACGUUUUCGAUCCACUGGAAGAACUGUUCGCCAGAAACUUCAAAUUCCAUUACCAAAAUCGUGAUAUAUCCCUUUUCUACAAGAUGAGCAUCACAUAUCGGUCGUUUGAAAACGUAAUAGUGCCGAAAACAUUUCGUACACCUUAUCUGAUAUUAUUUUACUCGGACUGGUGUUUCGCGUGCUUGCAAAUCGAACCGACCUGGCGACGUCUGAUCGACGAAUUGGAGCCGCUGGGCAUCGGUUUGGCGACUGCACAUGCAGAAAAGGAGUCUGCAUUGGCAAGGAAGCUGGGAAUUCAUUCGUUGCCAUGCCUUGUUGUCACUAUAGACGGCCGUACGAGUGUAUAUAAGGAAUCUCUUUAUAGCGUUCAAAAGAUCGUUGAUUUCUUACGAAACAAGUUUCCCUACAAAUUGAUAGCUAAUAUAGAUAAAUAUAACGUCGACAAUUUCCUCUCAGGAUGGAUAGAUAAUCGAAUUCGAGCUUUAAUAUUUGAUAAGAAGGAAUCCAUACGAUUGCGAUAUCUGGUCAUCGCGUUUUAUUACAGAGACCGUGUCGCGUUUGGGUUUGUCCAUAUGGGGAAAUCAGAAACUGAACCGAUCGUAACGAAGAACAUGAUUUCCGCAGAUUUAGAUACUUUGUUACUUUUCAAUGAGAAUCCUGAGAAACCUAUGGCGUGCGUUAGUAUGAAAGAUAUAUCUAGCGAUACGAUGCACAACGUUAUUUCAAAUAACAAGUUCCUUGCUUUACCAAGACUCUCGAAUCAAGCAAUCUUAGACUCUGUCUGUCCGCCCGAAUGGUUAAGACCACAGAAACGAUUAUGUGCCAUUUUAAUAUCACAGCAGAAUAGCCCCCUUCACGAAUUGGCUAGACAUAAGUUUAGGCAAGCGGCUUUAGAGUCGUCUUACAGUCCCGAGAGGGUCAGGUAUACGUACGUAUUUAAAGACACUCAGCCGGAUUUCGUAUCAGCGUUGUCAACGGGAGAAGGCAGUCCUUUGGAACCUUUAUUGCACAUCGUUAUUAUUUGGCGGAGGGACGCGAACCAUUUGAAAUACGAAUGGUUACCCACCGGCUGGUUCGAAGCCGCUCUCGAUGAAACUCAGUGGAACGAAACACGCCGCAAUUUAGAACAAACCAUACAGAGACUGUUGCGUGCAUCCGAAGCUUUGCCAUACGCCGCAGUCGUAGGGGAAUUGGCAGACGAGCAUGCACAGGGUACUGUAGACAAACUAAUUGGGAAAGCGUUAUUAGCUGUAGACUAUAUUUCGGAUAAUCUUACUAAGGAGCAAAUAUUGCCUUUGAUAUCGGUAAUCGCUACUUUAAUGUUAAUCGGCGCUGCGGGCUACGGGAUGUCGUACUUAGUGAAAUUAGAAGAAGCAAGCAUUCAGGCUGACCGUGCUCAAUGUAAAGAUAGUAGUAAAUCAACGCCGUCACAGCCACAAUUACGAUUGCAUGAGUUAAGGGCAGAGAAAUAUAAUGGUCUAGUUCGAUUAUUAAAACCGGGCUGUAGAACCAUUAUAUUGUUAGUCGACGCUCAAAGUAGACUAAAGUUAUUACCAGCUUUUCACAAAGCUGUGUGGCCUUAUAGGAAAAAUAAAACCCUUAUGUUCGGACAUUUGUCUCUUGAAAAGGGGCUGGAUUGGUAUAGGAAACUGUUAUCUCUCACCUUGCCGGAACAGAAAGAAUUGAAUAUAAACGCGAAGAAUUGUGUCGGCACUGUGUUGUCAUUGAAUGGGCAUCGGAAAUAUUUUUGUAUGUACCAUGCGAAACACCCGGAGUGUACCAAAGGCAAGGGUUCUAAGAGACUGGAACGAAUGACGAAGCAGUUGACUCGAAGGACGGACGACGCAGAAGCCGGUGCAUUUAUUGGUUUCGACAGUUCUAACGAAUCCGACGUUUCCGAAGAAGAGGGUGGAAAUAAUGUUUUGUACCAGGACAAUCUCUUGGACGGUUUACCAAUGUGGCUGGACAGAUUAUUCGAGGGUUUGACGCACCGUUACUAUGUAAACUAUUGGCCCGAGUUCACUGCCAAGUAAACGAAGAACUGGAUGUAUGUACAUCCUGAUGGUCUGUAUACUUUUUGCAAUAGAAAAAGGGAUCCAACUAAUUGAAACGAUAUCAUACAUUUGACAUAUUCUAUACGAUUUAAAAACAGCUGCAUUCUUUACUUUGGUACAGACGUAGGACACGUUCGUUGUACGUUAUAUUAUUAUUUAUGAGCUGAUUCGCGAUUCUCUCUAUGGAUAAAAUUUAACGAUUUAAAAUGCAGGAUUUUAUAAAUUUCUAAAAGUACAUUAAUCUUCGUUGCAGCUCGAAUCCUUCUGAUUGGUAACAUUAUUUCCUAAACAAUUCUAGUCAAUGCCAUUAAAGACAUAACAAUACUUAUAUUUAAAAUAUGUAUAGACAUUGUAUAUUUAUAUAUUUAUAAAUGUCAAUCGUUCGUUUUCUCUCCUGAGCAUAAUUCAUUGUUAUGAUAUAUUGCAGAUCAUUGUUACUUUCCAUACAAAGUUUGAUAAAAAAUCUGCUUACGUAUUUCAAAGCUUGUCAUAACAUAAUCACUUCGAUUAACUUCAUAUUGAUUUUGAAACGGAUUUAAAAACUUAUAACUACAUUUUCACUCUUGAAACCUAUUAAAUAUCCUAAGCUACUAAAUUCUUGUCGAACUUGCCUUCGAUUCUUCUCUUUGCAAGAGUCCAUUCCUAUUUUACUCGGGAUAUUCUUUUCAUUCUUUUUUUAUUAAAUUCUGUAUACUCAAUACAGUGUUAAUAUUUAAGAAUAUAUUUUCUUGUGAAUAGAUAUUUAUAAUUAAACGUUUUUUAUCGUUAUAUUUUUUAUUUUCCUAGAGGAAAUAUUGGCAGCAAACACGUCCUGUACAUUUAUUCAUUCGUUAAUGCAAAUUCUAUGUUGAAAUUUAUAAUAAUAGUAAUAAUAAUAAUAAUAACAAUAAUAA